AUGACCAUCGCGGUCUUAGCGGCUCCUAUCACGAAAGUAAAGCUCCGCGAACCGCUGGGGACGAUUGCAAUGGCUGCGACACAGGCGCAGUCGCGUUCUGGCCGAGGUCGGCCACCGACACGGCUGAGCAACUCAAAACAAGACCUGGAGGAGAUUACAAGCAGCACGGAGGCGAAACGGAAAGCGGAUUACGAGGAAGAUUCAGAAGGAUUUCGUUUUUCAAGGAAACCAACUAAGAGGAACAGACCGUCCGUUGAACCAGAAUCAGAAAAUCACCAGCCAGACAUCGAGAAUGCGCCCUCGAAAUCUACGCCGCGAAGAGGCCGUCCACCCAAGAAACGGCCGGCCGAGGCUGCGAAUACGAAUGCCAAUGCAGUUUCAGCAAAUGCGAAAAUUACAGAGCUUCCAACGAGGCGAGGGAAGAGGAAGGCUGUCCCGGCAGUUAUUUCAGAGCCAGAACCGCCAGUGCACUCGAAACGCUCAUUAAGGAAUGACGAGUCACCCGCAAAUGCGCCUCCAGAGAAAAAGGGGAAGAGAGGACGACCAGCUCGUGCUAGGACUAGCGAUACCAAUGGAUUCAAAUCACCAGAACCUUCAGCAGUUACAAAAGUGGCUUUGCCACUAGCUGAUACUCCGGUUAUUCAGCGAAAUAAAGACCUACGGGGGACGAAAUCCUCGAAGGGAUCACGGCGAAGCAGUCUGGGCAUGCGGGGGCGACGAGCCAGCUCACUGAUUGACUCGGGAGCAUCCAUCGCAUUGCCCCAUCGAGAAGUCGCUACAGCUGAUUUCUAUAAACAUAUUGCGGAAGGUCUCCUAGAGCCUCGUCGAAUGCGGCAGCUUCUGAUUUGGUGUGCAACACGAGCGCUUGGGGAUAAGCCUUCAGGCUCACGCUCGGAAGAUCAGAGCUCACGCCUAGCAGCCCGUGCGAUCCAAGAUGAGCUGUUGAAAGACUUUUCCAAUAAUUCAGAGCUUUCGAACUGGUUUGACCGCGAAGACGUGAAUCCGCCUACCGUGGUAGUGAAGAAGCCGAAUCCAAGGAACGUGCAAAAUUCAGACAAGAUCAAAGAAUUGGAGGAACAAAUACAGAAGCUUCAAAAAGAGCGACAUGCUCUGAACGCGCUUCUUAAGCAAUCACCAAUUCCACCCGUCACUACGUCCUCACCAGAUUCUCCCCAAGCCUCCAAACGUUAUCCAAAGAAAUCACUCCCCCAAAUCGAUCCCUCUCUCCUCGACCCCUCUCAACAAGCCAUCCUCGCAUCUCUUCAACCAUCCCUCCCAACAACAGCCGACUCACAACCAAGCGACGACACUUCUCCUCCAUCUACAAUCCGACCACCUAUGUCCCCAUCUACCGUCUCAGCGCGCCUUUCCCAAAUCACAACCGGCCUCGCCCCUACAUUGGACGCCUUUGCUGCUGGAAUUCAUGAUAUCGAGUUAUACAGUUCCAGCGCUGACGCCGUCUCGUCACGCAUACUUCGGAUCUGUGCAGAGCGGCUAGAAGAGCGCGAUGCACUGAAUACCCGGAAACGCAUUGACAUAGAAGGCGAUAGUGGCGAAGACAGUCCACAAAAACCACGCAGGGAACGUCCGCGGGAAGACUUAGGCCUCAUCCUUGGGGCGUUAAGUCGUGUCGAGAGACGGUAA